CGUAGGGGUCUUUGUUCGAUGGGGCCACACGAAGAAAGAAGAAGAUGAUGCUUCUUUUUUUUGUGCCUGCUCAUUGACAAGGCAAGGAUCCCCAAGCUUAGUCCAGCUGGCUAUUUCUGACACUAUUGGCGAUGAUAGGCUUGGGGCUGGUCGGCCUGGAUGAGUUGUUGACCGCUGACAUCCUGGCUCUUCCAAGCAACCCACGCGCCUCCUCAAUGUUGCAUCCGCGGCUACUUCGUCCCCCUUUCUACACUUGUACUUGAACGGGACCCUAGAAGUUAGUAGCUAUCGGUGGCGGCGUCCAUCGAAAUGCCAAAAGUACUGUACCUACUGAGCGCCGGCCCCCCGGAGGUGGCUUCCAAUCCUGGUUACAAGUUUUGCAUGCUGGUUCGUGCACGCACUGGACCGGGCCAUUCCCUAAGGGUGGGAAUUGAUAUGUGUUUUUGGUUCUAGCGCAUAUGCUAGGCGAAUCUGCAUGAGGGGUUGCUUGCUUGCUUGCUUGCCGUUUGCUGCGCUGUCCCUGCGCCGUGCAUGUUCAUAUCGCCUCGUGCGUCUGCGAAUUUUUUUUUCUUUUCUUUUCUUUUUCCUUCAUCCUUUCAUACGCAUUCACCAUGACUUCUCAGGAAGAGCACAAGAUGGAGCAAUUCCACAUGGACCCGUCCGCCGAAGAGACCGACAAGCAGAGCUUCAAUGAUCGUGACCAGCUCGCCCGGCUGGGCAAGAAGGCUGUUCUCCGCCGCAACUUUGGCUUCAUGUCCAUUCUGGGCUUCUCUUGCACCGUCCUCAUUACCUGGGAAGCCUCGCUGUCGCUAUUUGCGCAGGCCUACGUCAAUGGCGGUCCUGCUGGCGCCGUCUACGGCUUCCUCUUCGUCUGGUUCGGCAACAUUUGCGUCUUCUCGUGCCUGUCAGAGCUUGCGUCCAUGGCGCCAACGUCGGGCGGCCAGUACCACUGGGUUGCGAUGCUUGCGCCGCGCUCGUGCUCCAAGUUUCUAAGCUACAUUACCGGUUGGUUGGCUGUGGCUGGGUGGCAAGGCUCACUAGCUUCGGCCUUGUAUCUUGCGGGAUCCAUCAUGGCCGCGCUAAUCGGCCUCACCAACCCAGACACGUACCAACCGCAGCCGUACCAGCCUAUGCUGCUGUUUUGGGCAUCGGUUGUCUUUUGCGUUGUCAUCAAUGCCUGGGUCAGCUCGCUGCUUGCCAAGUUUGAGGGCUUCAUCUUGAUCUUGCAUAUUGUCGGCUUCUUUGGCAUCCUGAUCCCGGUCGUCUACCUGUCGCCAACCAAGAACAGCGCUGAGGAAGUCUUUACCACAUUUGUUUCCUUGACCGGAUGGCCGGAUGAGGGUAGCAACCAGGGCGUUGCCUUUUUCAUUGGUUUGAUGGGCAAUGUGUUUGCCUUUGUGGGUGUUGAUGGUGCUUUCCAUAUGGCAGAAGAAGUAUACAACCCAUCGGUGGUUGUUCCCCAGUCUACUAUUCUCAGUCUACUCAUCAACGGUACACUGGGAUUCGCCAUGAUUCUCGCUGCUCUCUUCUGCAUGGGCGACCCCAAGGUCACACUGGAUCCCAACGGCUUCCCCUUUAUGCAAAUCUUCCUACACGCUACUGGAGGAGACACGGGCGGCAGUGUUGUUCCCGCCACUGUCAUGUCCUCUGUCAUUCUCGUGCUCGGUCUCUGCGGCACAGUUGGUCUCUUUGCCUCAACCUCGCGCGUCUUCUGGUCCUUUGCCCGUGACAGAGGCCUGCCUUUCUGGCGAACUCUCAGCGAGGUCAACUCUGCCACUUCUAUUCCUCUGUGGUCCAUCGGCUGCACCGCCAUCAUUUCUAUCCUCAUCAGCCUCAUCACCCUCGGCUCUACUACCGCCUUUACGGCUCUCAUCUCUCUGUCCGUCUCCGGUCUCUACUCCUCAUACCUCAUUUGCACAAUUCUGCUGCUGUACCGCCGCGUCACCAAGGGCUUCAAGCUCCCCGACCCUUCGGUACUCCCGGCCCUGGCUCCUACCGAGGGCCUGGAGCUUGUCUGGGGCCCGUGGCACAUCCCCGGCAUCUGGGGCACCAUCAACAACGUGGUGGCAAUUUGCUACCUGCUUAUUGUUUGGGUGUUUAGCUUCUUCCCGUCGCAACUUCCAGUGACCCCGCAAAACAUGAACUACAGCUCGCUGAUGACGGGCUCCGUUACCGUCUUUGCCAUUGUAUAUUACCUAGUCUGGGCAAAGAGGGAGUACCGCGGCCCGAUUGUCGAGCUAUGAAUGUGAAAGGGGAACUAUAUCCAACUACGUAUUUUGUCACCAAAUCGUUAAAUUAGCAAUAUAAAUUAUUUAGCCAUCUUGCAUCGCGCAUCACCUAUCACUCAAUAGACGCCCCAGUGAUGUCAACUGAUUGCGUUACAUCCGGCGCCAAGGCCUGCAGAUGCAUCUCCUCUCCAA